GAUACACUUUUACUAAGGGACAUAACCAUGUUAUUGACAUCAAAAUGAUUCUGGAUGAAUCGGAUUUGCAGUGAAAUAAUAUGAAUACGAUGUAAAAUUUUAUGAAACCAUGUAGUGGAAGGUGAAAGUAAAAGAUGACAUCGGUAAAAGUUGCUGUUCGAGUGCGGCCAAUCAACCAGAGGGAAAAUGACCUCGACAGCAAAUUCAUCAUCCAGAUGGCUGGGAAGAAAACCACCAUAACAAAUCUUAAGAUCCCAGAGCAUUCCCAGGAAGGGGACUCGGGCAGGGAGAUGAUGAGGCAUAAGGAAUUUACAUUUGACUUCUCAUUUUGGUCUGUCCUUAAAAGUGAUCCACAUUUUGCUUCACAAGAACAGGUUUUCCAUUGCCUUGGGGCAGAUGUAGUGACUUCAGCUUAUGAUGGUUACAAUGCCUGUGUAUUUGCUUAUGGACAGACUGGGUCUGGUAAAAGCUACACAAUGAUGGGAAACCCAAAUGAUGUGGGACUAAUACCAAGGAUUUGUGAGUGUUUGUUUUCAAAGAUGACAGAUGAAGACACCAAUUACAGAACAGAAGUUAGUUACCUAGAAAUCUACAAUGAGAAAGUCAGAGAUUUGUUGAAGCAACAGUCCCCAAAUAAAGAGAUGCACAGUCUGAGAGUGAGGGAGCACCCCAUUGAGGGCCCCUAUGUUCAAGAUUUGUCCAAACAUGUGGUCAAUGACUUCUCUGAUAUUAAAGAGCUGAUGGACAGAGGAAAUUCUAUCAGAACCACUGCCUCCACCAACAUGAACGAUGUCAGUAGUCGGUCGCAUGCCAUAUUUACCAUUGUUUUUACCCAGGCCAAGUUUAGUGAUGACAUGCCAUGUGAGAUGAGCAGCAAGAUUCACCUGGUGGACCUGGCUGGCAGUGAGAGAGCUGAUGCAUCAGGAGCGACAGGACAGAGGCUUAAAGAGGGAGCCAGCAUCAACAAGUCACUAGUCACACUGGGGUCCGUAAUCUCUGUGUUGGCGGAUAUCUCCACAAACAAGCAUGAGAAGAAAUCCUUCAUUCCGUACAGAGACUCAGUUCUGACCUGGCUCCUCAAAGACAGUCUCGGGGGGAACUCCCGGACCAUCAUGAUAGCAACAAUCUCACCUGCAGAUGUUAACUAUGGCGAGACAUUGAGUACUCUGAGAUACGCAAACCGAGCAAAGAACAUCAUCAACAAACCAACUGUUAAUGAAGAUUCAAAUGUUCGUCUCAUUCGUGAGCUUAGGGAGGAAAUAUCCAGACUGAAGGCGAUGCUUGGAGGAAACAUUGACAGCAUCUCCACUCCAAAAGUUCAGGAGAAGUUGCACGAGAAUGAGGCUCGAGUGAAAGUGUUGACUGAGGAGUGGGCGGGAAAAUGGAACGAAGCUGCCAAGUUACUGAAGGACCAGAAUGUGGCGGUCAGGAGGGAAGGAAUGGGGCUAGUCCUGGACUCCAAGCUCCCCCACCUGAUCGGGAUAGAUGAUGAUAUACUCAGUACCGGAAUCAUGCUGUACCACCUUAAAGAGGGGAGAACUUCAGUUGGAAGAGGAGAUGCUGAUGACUCUCAAGAUAUUGUGAUUGCUGGAGUAGACGUGGAGAGGUACCACUGCUGCAUAGAGAACAAUGAAGGGGAGGUUACUCUAUACCCAGUGGAUGAUGCCCUCUGUGCUGUCAAUGGGAUGGUGGUCGAUGAACCCACAAAACUAACACAAGGUGCUGUGAUUUUACUUGGAAAAACCAACAUGUUUCGAUACAACAACCCAGCGGAAGCUCAGAAACUGAAGUCAGAGCUGAAAAAUUGUGGUUUGAGCCUUUCCCGAACCUCUCUGUUGAGCAAAUCCAUGUCUGAUUUAUACAGAUCUACAGAAAACCUCUCCCUUAUGUCAGUGGGAUUUGAACUUGAGCAAGCCCAUAAUGAAGAAAUUCAGAAAAUAGAGGAGAAAAGGUUACAGAUCAACAUAAUGGAGAAAAAAUACAGCAAAGCUGAGGAGGAGCGUCAGUCCAAACAAUCCCAGCUAGAGAAGGAGCUGGAGGAGAAACAGUAUGAACUCCAGCGGCUGGAGAUCAGUCUCCAAAAGUACAAGCAGCAAAUACUGGACAGUCAGAAACACAAGACUGGACAUAUUGACGAAUUGCUGAAGCAGCUGGAUGAACAAGAGAGAAAGUUAAGGAAAGAAGCACAGGAAUCCACAGAGAAAUUGAAAAAGGAAAUCAAAGAAUUACAACAAUCUGCUAGCCUUAAGGUUGUUACCCAACAGGAACAAAUAAGUCAGCUGACAUCAGAAGAGACAGCCAUUGAAAAAGAAAUAGAAACAGAAUCAGAGGCACUGCAAAAGCAGAUCUCAGCCCAGCAGGACUGGAUAUCAACAAAUAAACAACUGUUUGAAAAAAAUGAAGUUCAGCUAACCAAGCUGCAAGAUGAUUUCAAUGAAAAGAGAAGUACUGUUUUGGAACAAAAUGAAGAUGUGAAAAAACUGUAUGAAAAAGAAAAUGAAAAAUAUUUGGAAGCAGAUGAGCAAUUCAAGAGAGAGGAGGAUGAAAUGAAAGCUAGAUGGCAACGCCCUCUAGAGGAUAUUGCAGCAUCCAAUCAAACAAUAGAAGAAGCAUGGCAUGACCUUAGGGAACACGAGGAAGAAGUGAGGAAAAAGUUGGCCCAGUGCCAAGAUGAUGAAGAGAGACACAAACUUCUGGAAGAACAAGAUGAAUUGGAGAAAGCUAGAGAAUUACUCAAAGAGGAGGAAGAAAUUACUUCUCACAAAGAAAAGUUGCUCUUGGACCAAAUUGAAAAAGAAAUGGAGAGGUUUGAGGAAAAUAAAAAUGAGGUGCUUAGAGAGUUAGGAUUAAAAAGGGACCAAGUUGUUGUGUCAAAGGAUGGAAAUUUAAAGCAAUUGCAUUCAACGUUACAAGAAAAAGAGUAUUCUACAUUGAAAUUGAAAAGAGAAGUGUCACACUGUGAACAUGAGGUAGAAAAACUUGACUCUGCCUUACAAAACUUUUGUGAAGGAAAAGAACACAGAUUAAGUGAGAUUAAGCAGAGGAAAAGAUCACUACAGGAGAAUAUGGCUUCCAGCAAGAAAAAGCAAGAAGACUCGCACACAGAGCUUGAAGCAAGAAUUGAACAAGUGGAGCAGAAUCUCCAAGAUCAGCUGAGAGACAUUGAAUCACAGAGAAAGAGAUUACUUGCACAGAAGUCAUCUGAAGUCUUAGAUGAGAUUGAAGAUCCCACACUGCAGAGUAAACUGAAGGAGAUGGAAGAUCUGAAAGUUAAGCUGGAGAUGACAGAACAAGAACUGGAAGAUAAGUGGAAGUUGUUUGAUGAGCAGAAAAAUUCUGAGCUGGACAGAAUUGAGUUUGAGCGGCUCAAGCUUCAGGAACUGGAGAAUCAAGAAAGGAUCAAUGCUCUGGUAGAACAGGAAGUGAAAAGACGGAUGUUUGAAGAAAAACGGCAGAGAGAAAAUCUGAGGAAACAAGAACGAGAGAAAGAAAAAUUUGAGAGAGAUUUAGAAAUUCAGACACUGAAAGAGCAGCACAGUAGAGAACUUAAACAGCUCAGGGCAAAAUAUGAGUCAACCCAAGAAUUAUCCAGGCAUUCUUCCAUGACGUCUCUACAAACUCGGUCUAAUCCUUAUGGAACAGGAUUGUCUCCUUCAAAUGGAUCCUCCACAGACCAUCUCUCCAGAACAAGGAGUUCCAGUUCAAUGUCAGGGCCAGGGUCCUAUUCUGGUAGCUUUCUAGAAUCAUUUCGAAUCAGAAUAGGCAUUCCAACCUACCGUCUCCAUGGUUACGGAUCAGAUGCUCACUUUGAGUAUGAAGUUAAGAUUGCUAUUGGAGAAGAUGUUUGGAGCAUAUACAGGCGAUAUAGUAAAUUUCGACAACUCCAUCAGGAUAUGAAAAAGAAAUUUCCAGAAGUGUCCCACUUAACUUUUCCACCUAGAAAGCUUUUGUUUAGUCGCUCUGAUAAAGUUGUUGCAGAGAGGAGAAAACUUCUAGAGGUUUACCUGAGGGGUCUAUUGUCCAUAUUUUUGCAGGCAUCAAGCUGUGAUCUUCAUCCUUCUAAGUGUAAACAUCUGACCAAGCAGGAUUUGUGUGAUUAUGAACCAUUUUUUAAAAGGGGUUUGUUUGAAACGGGCAAACACAGCACAACUUAAAAUACAGGGGACAUUCAGAGUCAGGAAUUUCAGCGUCUUGGCAUGUGCUUUGCUCUGUUUCUGACAUUGAAUACAUUAAUAUAUGUUCACUGUAGCUAUGUGAUCAUUGUUGCAUUGCCAUUUUAUUUUGCUAUAGGUUUGGUUACUAGUAUUUAGUUAUUACCAGUACCAAACUAUAGUUUUAUACCGUAAAUGCUUCUUGAACUUGUUGACACCGGUACUUUUUUAAUCUUAUGAAACUGUUUACUUGAACAAAUAAGGACAAAAAUUUUCUACAACUAUUGUAAAAAUUGAUGAUUGAGUGCCCACUCAUUACAUAAUACAUGUACAAUUUUAUGAGGCAAUUGUUGUCUAGAUCAAUCAAUAGAUUAAUGUUGUAAAAUUACAACCAAUAUCAAUUAUUGUUAUGUAGGCAGGAUUGCUGAAUUUCUGUUUUAUCACAUUGUGUUUUAUUCCUUCUCGAGUUCUUUCUUUAUAAAACAUCAUUUCACUGAAUCAGCACUCAGCCUUACGCUGAAAUAUAAAAUUAUGAAUUUCUCCCCUAACCUCAUACACGCAAAACUUUUCAGUAUCAGCUUAGAAAUGCAUGUCAUUAAUUGAUGAGAUCUUUGAUAAAUUUUAGUGGGCGUUUUCUUUAACAAUUUAAAAACAUGGUACAUGUUUUAGAGUAUGAAUUCUGGUGUUUUUUUUUAAAGAACUGGUGAAUUUAUUUAGAUCUUGAUGUGUUCCUGAAAUAGAAUACUCUAUAUUACAUGAUUAUUUAAUAUACAUUCCAGAGCAUUUAUUGAUCCAAUUUUACAUGUAUCAUACCACAUGUAUUAAAUAGCAUUAUCCUUUGCACUGUACACACAGGGUACUAGUGCCAUAACCCUAUUAAUUUGUGUGUAGUUCUGUAAAUAUUUAGUUAUUUAUGAAUUCCAGGAUACAUUUUGUGGUGCUUAAGCUUUAACAUUAUUUUAAAAAUAGUGGAUUUGUUUAUGAUUUCUUUUGUUGCUGCUGUAGUAAAAAGUUGUUUAAGUUCUAGUCUUUCAGUUUGGUUUCAUUUGAAGUGCUUGAUUAACAAUUUCUGUAGACUUUUCUAAGACAGUCAGUUUUCUUAGGUAUGUGGGAACAUAAUACAUGUAAAGAGAAUUUGCUUGAAAGAUUUAACUUAAAGACUGUUUCAUUAUUAGAGGAUGAAAAUUAGUGGGUGAUGGGGUACCUAUAAGACCAAUGAAAAUUGAGGCACAAUGAGUUCUACCUAGUCCAUUGUAACAUAUCAGUUUGAGUCUACUGGUUAUAGUGCAAAAUACAUGUACCUCUAAUCAUGUUUCUGUCCUAAUGUGUUCUUUACAUUUUCAAUAUUUCGUUAAAUAAAGAGAAAAUGUUAUAUUAAUUUCAUCAGUGAUUGCGGAGAUCUCACUACUGUGGAAUAUGUUAUGAAUAUGCCUCUGGGUACAAAUAAUUAAAUUUUAUUGAAAUCUUAAUAUUAACCUUUCAGUUGAUGCUAUAGAUGUCAUACAUUUUUGAUGGGUUAGUAAUAUACUGGUAUGUUCUAUCGUAGUCCAUUGUGGGCAGCUGUUGGGAAAAAUCCAUGGUGUUGUACUUUUCCAUAUUAUUUUGUGAACUUUUUUUUACCACAAUGUUUCUAAUUUUAUUAGGAAAGAAAGCAACUCCAACAUUUUUUAAAUUCAGACCUUGGCAAAACUAUUUGUUAUUUAUAAAUAAACAUGGUCUUUCAAUAUUCAUGUAAUUAAUACAUUUACUUGUUGUUAUCCAGAUAUUAUACACAGUAUAUUUGUAUUUGGAAUAAUUUCACUUUAAGUAUUUCAACUGGUAAAUCAUAUGCAAACUCUUUUAGUAAAAGUAUAUUUCUUGUUAAAUCAUAUAUGGGCAUAUAUUGCAUAUGUGAUUUUUUGUUAUUGACACAUAAAAAUAAAUAAAU